AUGUAUCACUACGCUACACCACCACCCGGGUGGGCCUCGUUCGAUUACAUGAACUCUCCCCCGACCUCUCCUCACUAUGCCUACUAUGCGACCCAGUUCGCGAGUCCCUUUGGGUCUCCUCGCGGCCCCUCGAAGCGCCACAACCGCAAAGCCAGCUACGCCGCCCCCAAGGAGACGGGCGCAUGGCACUCCGGGUACGGACAGAGCUUCUAUGAAACGAUGCCCGAAUAUGGAACGCCGCCGCGCAAGCACGAUCCUGUAAGUGCUUUCUCUGGUGGCUAUCCCUCGUGUGGUCGUCGCCGGGCCAUGUCCACGGCGGCCGGCCACACCGGUUAUUCGUCUGGGGGUUAUUAUCACUACGAGAUACCGCAUCCAUCGGCGCAGCCGAAACGCUCCUCCAUCUUUGUGGAUGUGGUAGACGAUGUGUUGGAUGACCGAACCGAGCGCCCGCCCGCUACACCCAAGCGGGACAGCUACGGCCAGCCUUCUCGUCGCCCUCCGUCUUCGUCUCAGCGCAAGGCAAAGCCACCCACUGAUCAAUAUUCUUCUCCUCAUCAGGCCCCUGCGUACGACGACCAAGAUUCCCCCAAGCGCUCCCGGGCGCGUCGCCAGUCCACCUCCACCCGCACGCCAUCCAAGCCCAAGCCGGCUGCCACCGCGAAGCCCGCCCCCAAGGCGACCGAGGAGGACGCCGCGCGCGAGGGGAUUCCGGCGGGCUAUUCAAUCAAGAACUGGGACCCCACCGAGACGCCCAUCAUCCUGCUCGGAAGCGUGUUCGAUGCGAAUUCGCUGGGCAAGUGGAUCUACGACUGGACUGUGUUCCACCACGGCGCCUCAACCCCGAUGGCCGACGUCGCUGGCGACCUAUGGUUGCUGCUCAUCAAGUUGGCGGGCAAAGUGAAGCGCGCAGACGAGUGCUUGGAUCGCAUCAAGCGGUCCGAGGCGCAGGAGGUCGUGGCGGAUUUCCUGGAGAGUGGCGAGCGCCUGUGGUCGCGAUUCAAGAAACUGCUGCGCACCUGUGAACAGUUCAUGUGGAAGGCCGCCAAGCGCGAAAACGGUGGCAAAGGCCCCGUGUCGAUGGGGCGCAAUGCCGGCUGCGAGUUCGUCGAGUCCAUCUUCGGGCGUGACCGCGAGCUGGAGAACACGGAGAAGCUGAUGAACAGCAUCCGUGUAUGGAACAUGCGGUUUGACGCCAACUGCGAGGAGAUUCUACGCAAACCAUCUGCUGCCUAG